AUUUUACGUUCAGUAUGGAAACAUCGAAAUCCUUUGCGUACGAAAGUACCUCUAAUAUUAAAUAUCAUAACGCGUCAUUCUUAGGAAAAGAUUUCGAAUGGGCAGUGAAGUUAAAUCGAUAUAGCUUAAAAUUCAUUGGACUUUGGCCUAAACCUGUACAAUCAACAUGGGAGAAGCGUAUGUGCAAUUUACGUGCGCUUUUCGUUUUCUUAGUGAUGUUAUUCAUCGUUGUGAUUCCUGCAAUACAUUCUAUGAUAAGAAUUCGUUCAGACAUUUUAUUACUGACAGAUAACUUGCAGUAUACUUUACCAGCCACCACUUGUGUCUUAAGAUUUCCAAUUUUUUGGUGGAAGAAAAAAGCUGUUACAGCGAUAGUAAAUAUAAUUGCGGACGAUUGGCUAAAAGCGAAAACAUCUCAAGAAGAAACAACUAUGAUCGCAAAGGCGCAAAUUGCGCGUACUAUUAUAAAAUGUGGGUACUGUAUAAUGGGAGUGAGCUGGUGUGUUUUAGUUGUUUUUCCUAUAUUUGGCCACUCGGUGAGAUACCUGUCUAAUAUCACUGAUCUGGGAGGGCCAUUACCACUUCAGACAUAUUAUAUCUACGACACGUCUAAAAGUCCACAAUACGAAGUAACAUACACACUUCAAAGUAUUGCCCUUAUCUUCAAUGCUAUGUGCUAUUCAGGCAUUGACAAUUUUCUUAGUCUUUCGGUAUUUCAUAUCUCCGGUCAGCUGGACAUUCUGAGAAAUCGUCUUAUGCAUUUACAUAAUGUCGCGAAUUACAAUGACGUUUUGAAGAAUUGUGUGGAAGAACACAACCGACUAUUUAGAGCUAUUGAUCAUUUAGAAGAUGUAUUCAAUAUAAUAUUGAUGAUAUUGUUUCUAUAUUUCGGUUUUCUUUUCGCUUUCUAUGGUUUUUGGAUAAUAAACAUGCUCGAAAAUAAGCAACAUUUUACGAUCUUUCACAUUAUAUAUAUUGUGAGCCUUUUUACCAAUACGUUCGGUCACAUGUGCAUUUACUGUGCUGUUGGCGAAGUGUUAACAACUCAGUGUGGUCAAAUUCAUUAUGCUAUAUAUUUCAAUGAAUGGUAUACUAUGGAUCCAAAAAGAGCUUGGAAUUUAAUUCUUUUAAUGACAAGAUCCAGUAAGCCUCUUUAUCUUAACAUUGGUAAAGUGUUUCCGUUGACAAUGGCUACAUUUUGUAACCUAUUGAAAACGUCAGCCGGUUACAUAUCCGUAUUACUUACCACAAAAAAUCAAUCGAAGAUGUGAAUUAUGCCUGAUUUAAUACUAGUACUUCAUAUUAAAGAUUUGACCAAAGAGUUAGUCAAAUAAUUUAAAAUUUAUAAUAUAAAAUUAAAGUUACAUGUAAAAUUGAAAACUUUACAUGAUAUAAUUGUGUACAAUAAAUUAAUUUAGUAAACUUUGUGCUGCCGUUAUAAUUAAACUGAGUAAUUAUUUUAUUUAUUGAAAAUAAAGGGUACCAGAUAAUAGAUAGAAGGUUAACUUAGCUACUAA